AAAGAAGCUUGUAAAAAUCUAUGAAUUGAUGUGACAGUGUCAGUAGUACGAUACUAAAUGGUGAGAUAAGUUAGAAGAAGGAUUUAGAUGUCCAUGUCUUCCCUUCAUCUUCUCCCGCGGAGACAAGCACAGAAGCAAUAGGGCACGAUUUUCUGGUCUGCUUGAUUUUGACGAAAAUGGUGAGGAAGAAGAUACCGAUCAAGAAGAUCGUGGACGUAACUGCGAGGCAGGUGACAUUCUCAAAGAGAAAGAGUGGCCUUUUGAAGAAAGCACGUGAGCUUUCUCUUCUUUGCGAUGCUGAGAUUGCUCUCAUUGUCUUUUCACCUGGUGGCAAGCUCUUCGACUAUGCAAGUUCAAGUAUGCAGAAAAUAACUGAAAGAUAUAUUUUAUGCUCAGAGUGGAACCUUGACAAACUAGACCAGUCAUAUCCUACGGAGCAGGGUAAUGCUUCUUUGAACAAGCAAUUGGAAGAUAGGAGUCGUGAAAUGAGACAGCUGAAUGGAGAAGAGUUGGAAGGAUUGAACCUAAAGGAACUACAGAAAUUAGAAGAACGACUUGAUUCAUCCUUGAACAGUGUUUAUAAAGCCAAGGUUCAAAUUUUUUUAGCAGAGAUCACCAUACUUUCGCAGAAGCAAAACAAACUCAAGGAAGAUAACCAACUGAUAAAACAGAAAAUAAAGCAUGUACAAGAGCAAUCCUUUGACACCUCCCUCACAUUGGGGCUACCUUUGCCAUCUGCCUCAAAAUAGAGUUUCUCAGCAUUGAGGGAACCACCAUGCAGUCUUUUAGUUAGUGAGCAAAAGGAAGAGUGAACGAAAACAAUGGUUUUUGUAUAU